AAAGAGUUCAUUAUGCGAGCUCAUUUUGGACUGCCAAGUGUGGAAAGUGGUGAACUCGAGGCCAAGCGACCAAUCACAGUAAAGUUUGAGAUUCCUUACUUCACAGUGUCAGGCAUUCAGGUGCGAUACUUGAAGAUUAUCGAGAAGAGCGGAUAUCAGGCAUUACCGUGGGUGCGUUAUAUUACUCAGAGUGGAGGUGAGACAUAUUCAGAAAUUCCCUCAUGCUUCCUCAGAUAUCAUUCUGAUAAAAAGUUUACCUUCACCCUGCAUUAAAAGUUCAGUGAACAUGAGCCUUACUCUGUCUGUUACAAAUGCACACGCGCACACACA